AUGACCCGUCUCUCCACCAUCUCCGGCAUCGCCAUCGUCCGCCUGCCUCAAGUGGAGACCAUCGCCAAACUCGAGCCCCCGCCAUCUCUACACGAAACCAUCACGGCCGUGCAGAAGCUCUGCAGUGGAAAUGUGCCCGGUUCCGACACGAUCCCUGCUGAGAUCCACAAACACGCUAGCCCCCAAAUCGUGGAUCAUCUGACGUCACUCUUCCAAGAGAUGCGGCGUCGAGGAGAAGUUCCACAGGAUUUCAAGGCCGCCAAAAUAGUCCAUCUCUACAAGCCGAAAGUUAAUCUCCAAUUCUGCGACAACCACAGAGGCAUCUCCUUACUGAACAUUGCCGGCAAGAUCUUCGCUCACAUCCUUAUCAGCUGUGUCAACGAACAUAUGGAACAAGGUCUCCUACAGGAAAGCCAGUGCGGCUUCCGUCGUCACCGCGGAACCACCGACAUAAUCUUCGCGGCUCGCCAACUCCAGAAGUGCCAUGAGAUGCGGACCCACCUGCACUCCACCUUCGCGCAUCUGAGAAAGGUCUUCGAGAAGGUGCAUCGCGAAGAACUGUGGAAACUCGUGCAGAAAUUCGGCUGUCCCGAACAAUUCACUCAGAUGGUGCAUCAGCUCCACAAUGGAAUGACGGCACGCGUCACGGACACUAAAGUCGUAUCAGAGGCAUUCGCAGUUACCAAAAGAGUGAAGCAGCGCUGCGUCCUCGUGCGCGCCCUCUUCAGUCUCAUGCGGACAAACGAACGUGACGAACGCCCCGGGUCCGCGUCGCCUACAGAACGGACGGCCAACUACUCAACCACCGGCGGGUGCACAUCCGAUCUCGUGUAUCCGCAACUUCCGUCUAUAAACUUCUCUUCUCCGACAGCUGCACUUUCAACGCCACCUCGGAAGGGGACAUGUAAGGCAGCCUGGGACUGUUCGCCGCCUUCUGCGACAACUUUGUCCUAA